GGCUCUCAGUCUGGUCAUCCUUUAGUAUCGCAUCCCUGACGCCGAGCACGAGGCCCGGAGCGAUGGCGACACCCGAGGCGGAAAAGCUUGGAGCCGAUCUACCGGCAGGUGUCCAGGGCACCAUGGAUGGAGAGAAGCCACCACUCUCCCAAAUGGAGGAGCUUAGAAAGGCCAUCGAGCCGUUCAAGCUGAAGUAUGGCCACUACUUGACACAGCUCCGCCCCUGGCGGGAAUUCAUCCGAUUGUCAAAACCUGAAGGUGAUAUUCAGAAACGCUUGCAGAUGAACCUUUCGCACUUUCAGAUCAACUAUGCAGUGGUCUUUCUGUUGCAGAUGGUUCUUGCCAUCAUUUCUCACCCUGAGUGUUUGGUUGUGAUCUGUGUGAUGGCUGCAGUGUGGAUUUUGUUUCUCAAGAAGAACGACGACCCCAACUGGGUGGUCAGUGUGGGUGGCAUGCCCAUGGGGAAGACUCAAAGAUGGAUGGCCCUGAGCGGAAUCACUGCCAUCGUCCUACUUUGCGUUGUCGGACAGGUGAUGUUUUCUGCCGCUUUCUUUUGCUCCAUCCUGGUGCUGGUGCAUGGGAUUUUGCACCCUGUCCCAGAGGCUGAUGAGAUGAAUGAGAUCAUUUGAAUCUUGGCAAGUGGUAGCUUCGCAACCGUUGUUUCACUGAUUCCAUAUGGUCACUAGGAAGCCACCAGGAAAGCGUCCAAAAGCUACAGAAAGAGCGGCUGUUGCACCGAAAGAGAUGCACACGGCAAUGCUAUCCUUUCUACCCCUGAGACCUGUGCAGUUCUUCGGGUAGAGAGAUUUGUGACAUCCAAAGCGGAAGAUGUGCACAGUGGCAUGCGCAGAAUCAUGCAAAAGAGAACCGGCUGACUGUCCGAUUGCUUGUCUAUCGUUUGGUUUGCAACCUUCAAGAGCCUACUGAAGAAGGAGAUGCGACGGAGUGAAGGUUCUCCCAAACCGAGGCUUCAGGUAUCCUUCUACGAAAAGGGACUUUCAGACCUGUCGAACAUCAGAUGCUCAUUUUGCCAAGG